AUGGGUUUCGUCAAGACUGCCGCUCUCGCUAGCGCCCUCCUCGGUGCCGCCAACGCCUCUCCUCACUAUGCUCCUCCUUCCAACGAGACCAUCCACUACACCACCGAGGUCGUCACUCACCUGACCACCUACUGCCCUGCGGCCACCACCCUGACCUACGGCGACAAGACCUACACUGUCACCAAGGCCACCACCCUCACCAUCGAGGACUGCUCUUGCACCAUCACCAAGCCCGUCGCCACCGCUACUGGUUAUGCUCCUCCCAAGCCUACCCACACCGGCGACUGCGCUGAGAUGUGCUCUGACAAGUUCGAUGCUUGCCGCGUUGCCCCCGAUGCCAACAUGGCCGAGUGCGCCGCCAAGUACGCUGAGUGCCUUGGCUUCAACCCUUGGGAGAGCGGCAAGUUCGUCGAGCCUACUGCUUGCCACGAGGGUGCCAAGCCCACCAAGCCCGUCAAGCCCGUCUACACCACUGAGGUUGUCACCAAGCUGACCACCUACUGCCCUGAGAAGACCACUCUUACCUACGGCAACCAGACCAUCCCCGUCACCAAGCCCGGUACCGUCACUGUCACUGGUAUCCACCACACCACCACCUCUUGCGUUCCCCCCACCGGUUACGCUCCUCCCACCACUCCUUCCACCCCCGCUGAGGCUAAGGACUGCGCUGAGAUGUGCACUGACAAGUACGACUCUUGCCGCUCUGCUUCCGGCUCCAACAAGGCUACCUGCGCUGCUGAGUACUCCGAGUGCCUCGGAUACGCUCCCUUCGACAGCAACGGUUCUCUCGUCAAGCCCACUGCCUGCCACGGUCCUUCUGCUCCUCCUGCUGGCCCUACCGGUACCUCCCCCAAGCCUUCCGGUGCUCAGCCCCCUGCUCCCGUUGUCCCCUCCGGUACCGGCGCUGGUGCUCCUCCUGCCACUCCCACUGCCGUCACUGCUGGUGCCGCCCAGGUCGUCCCUGCCGGUAUCAUGGCCGUUGUCGGUGCUUUUGCCCUUCUCUAA